CCGACAAGAGUUGUUACCUCAAACUACGUCACAGAACUUAUUGUCUUUCAUCAUUCCUCAGCCAGAGGAAGCAAAAGCAUCCGCUAUUGACGAACAGUUCAUUCUGUUGUCCGUUAUCUCAUUAAAUACAAGCACCCAUAAACGUGUCGACUGCCACCUUCACAAUGCCAAAACACAGUCGCGACGGUAGUGAAGAUCGCGACCGUCGAUCGUGGAGACACGAUUCCAGAUCAAUGGAGAGAGAGGCAAAACGCAGUAAAAAUCGUCGAAAGCGAUCAAGAACCCCAGUGGCACGAGAGAAGAGUCCCUCGAGAAAUCGCAGGUACCGUAGCCCUAGCAUAUCAACAACGUCAACAUUUCGGGAGAGAAGCCAGUCCCGGGAGAGACUCCACCGACGACGAAGCAGGUCAAGAAGCAACGAACGAACCUCGAGUCGAUACCUCACGAAACCUGAUAAAACCUCACACAAGGAUAAUCAUCAGCCCAACAAAUCCGACAUUGAGAAAUUGACUGGUGCCCUUUCCAAUCAGAUACAGUUGAGUCCAAUGAUGACUGAAGGAGAGGAUGAUCUGAACGAAAAAAUUCUUCCAGAGUUCGACCCUGAAUCCAAGAGACUGAGUGUUGACGAUUGGCUGAACAAAGUCAAUCGUUGUGCAGAGGUUCGUCACUGGAAUAACUGGCAGAAAUUGUACCUGGCAACAUUGAGAUUGCGGGGGUGUGCUAGGGGAUGGUUCGAGCAAGUAUCAGUCUCUGAUGCACCUUUCCUAAGUUGGCGAGAAUUUUCCAUGGCCAUUGCUGGUAAAUUUCCAUUCUCAAAGACCAUCAGCUUCGGUGAGACCUUGGAAGACAUGCUCCAGUUCACGAGUGACUCCAGCGGAAUGAGUGUCAAGUCUUAUUACUACGAGAAAAUCAAUAGGAUAAACAGAUUAAAUGUGGAUGUGAGUGAAGAGAGGGCUUUUGAACUUGUUGUACAUGGUAUCAGUGACGUUGAUCUAAGGAUGAAGGCGAACAUUUACUGCAAGGAUAAGACUCUUUCAGAGCUUGAUAAAUUUUUUGAUAUUUUCUUCGGGGGCGAGGGCAGGAGGAAGAAUGAUCAGGUGGAUCUUGAGGGAAAUAAACGUAAUGGGAAGAAUCAUUUGUCGAGGAGUUUUAGAAAGCCGGAUAGGGCUAAUGGGUGCUUCAAUUGUGGGGAGCAUGGGCAUAAAAAGAGAGCUUGUCCGGGGUUGAGACGGGGUAAUUCUCAGGAUUGAAAUUAUUGAGGGGUGGGUCAAGCAAUGAACUGUUGAUGGUCGUGUGCUGUCACGAUUCAGAUGAGUCUUGAUUCUGGGGACGAGAGCGGGGACAGGUGACAUGAGAUUUCGGAAUCACUCAUCGUUCUCCAGGACAUUCUUCAGUUGAUAGUAAUUUUAAAUUAAAGAUUCAUGACAGCAAGAAUUUAAGUUGCCAUGUUUUUCUGAAAAUUUGCCUUAUACACAGGACACGGCCCGGACUUCCGUAAUAAAAAUUUGAAAAUCUAACUACUUACGAUAAUUCUGGCGGAUAUUUUCAUCGAUAAGGCUUCUAGACACUUCGAAAUGAGAUGUCAAAUUUUUUCAAAUUUUUCUGAGGCUUUACUGAAGUGUAAUUUCACAAAUGGGAAAAAGCGUGGCCCGGUGCUCAUCGGGCGACCGAUGGAGUGUUAAUAGGAAAUGUUCUAUAGAAUCUAUUUUAUAGAACAAUCAGUAAAAUUCCAACAUUCCAUACAGCUUUUUCUAUUGAACAUUUUAUAUAGGAAUUCCUGGACAUGAAAUUCUCAGUUUCUCCCACUUUCUUUUUUUAGCUUUUCAUGAAAAGAAUCUAAGAAAAAUUUAGCAAAUUGGAGCCAGGGAAUUUUCUAUAGAAAAUAUCUCAACAGGAUAAGUUGUAUAGAAAAAUCGAAUUCUAUGGAUUUGUUUCUAAAGAGUAUUAUUCAUUGAACAUUUCUAUUUUAAAAAUCCGAGGAUAAGCUUGGGAAUUUUUUAAUUGAAUUGACCAAAA